CCAAGCAUGGGGCUGGAGGAGCCAGGGGCGGGGACGGAGCGACCAAGAAUGGGGCUGGGGGCAGCGGGAAUGGAGCUGGAGGAGCCUGAGAUGGAGCUGGGAGUGGGCAUGGGGCCGGGGGAGCCCCAGGAGAUGGAGGUCCUGCUGUCCCGGCUCCGGAGCCUCGACCCUGCAGAGCAGCCUGGGCGCCCAGCUGCGUGCCCACCCUGCCCAUUACACAUGGCCAUGCGCCGAGGCCUGCGGAGCUCGCCAUGCUGCGCCCGCCACCCCGACGGCUCCCGGCCCUGCCAUGGGCUGCUCUUUGCUGACACGGACCGUGAGGCCCUGCUGAGCCUCUUGCGCGGCGAGGGCGGGAUGCCUGAGCCUGGCACCGAGAUGCCCCUCGCACACUCUGGCGUCCUGGCGGGGGCCAGCCUGGAGAUGCUGCGCGCUCAGGAGGAACCGGCUGCUCAGGGGAGCCCACAGAGCUCGGAGGAGGUACCUGCUGGCAGCUGGGAUCAUGGAGAGGGACUCUGCGAAGACGACUGUGCCCGCAGGGACAGCGGGGAGGGUUCCCCGGCUCUGGCCUGGGUGCCCGUGCCUCCCGCUCCAGCCCCAGAUGCUGAACAGCUGCCUCAAGGCACCAGGACCAACAGGGAACCCCCAUCUUCCUGCCUGGCCUUCAAAGAUGUUCCAGGCCCUUGCGACCCAGAGGAUCUGCUGGAUGGUGUGAUUUUUGGGGCAAAGUACCUGGGCUCCACGCAGCUGGUUUCGGAGAGGAACCCCCCGACUCGUGUCCGCAUGGCACAGGCACAGGAGGCAGUGGACAGGAUCAAGGCUCCAGAGGGGGAGUCCCAGCCCAUGACGGAGGUGGAUCUCUUUGUGUCCACACAGAGGAUCAAGGUGCUCACGGCUGACACACAGGAGGCCAUGAUGGAUCAUUCCCUCCAGACCAUCUCCUACAUCGCAGACAUUGGUUCCCUCGUGGUGCUCAUGGCACGCCGGAAGCUGCCUCAGUGUUCAGAGGGGGUGGAAGAGAAGCGGCUCUACAAGAUGAUCUGCCACGUCUUCCACUCAACCGAUGCCCAGGUCAUUGCUCAGGCUAUCGGGCAGGCGUUCGGUGUGGCCUACCAGCGCUUCCUGGAGGCCAACAGCAUCGACCCGAGCGAGCUGAGCCCUCGCCAGUACAACUGUGCCCUUGAGGACCAGGAGCAAUACAAUGCAGAGCUGACCCACUUCUCCCGGCAGGAGAACUGCAAGGAUGUCUGCAUCCGGAAGCAGAAGGGGGAGAUCCUGGGCAUCGCCAUUGUGGAGUCGGGCUGGGGCUCCGUCCUGCCCACAGUGGUCAUCGCCAAUCUGAUGCACGGGGGCCCGGCGGAGCGGUCAGGAGAGCUGAGCAUUGGAGACCGCCUGAUGUCCAUCAACAGGACGAGCCUGGUGGGGCUGCCCCUCGCCACCUGCCAGAGCAUCAUCCGGGAGCUGAAGCACCAGACAGAGGUGAUGCUCAGCAUUGUGCACUGUCCACCUGUCACCACAGCUGUCAUCCGGCGCCCCGACUCCAAGUACCAGCUGGGCUUCUGUGUUGAGAACGGUGUGAUCUGCAGUCUGAUGCGUGGGGGCAUCGCAGAGAGAGGUGGCAUCCGCGUGGGGCACCGCAUCAUCGAGAUCAAUGGGCAGAGCGUGGUGGCAACGCCACAUGAGAAGAUCAUCCAGCUGCUCACAGAGGCAGUCAGCGAGGUCCACAUCAAGACCAUGCCAGCCUCCACGUACCGCUUGCUGACCGGGCAGGAGCAGCCCCUCUACCUCUGAACCACUGGCCAAGCCCAGCUGUCACUGCAUGUGCCGAGGGCCAGGCAGGAGCGAGCCCAAGGAGCCACAAGCUCUGCCUCCUGCCCCAGCACCCUUGUCAAAACCCUCUCAUCUCCAGCGGGGCCUAAUUCCUGCUCCUCACCAGUUUUUCUCAGGACACAGAGGGAGACUCUGGAGGCCUGAUACCCAGCUUGAGCAGCGUCAGGGCCUAUGGUUGCUGCAGUUUGGGGACCUCCUCCCCUCCAUUCACCCCUCCCUGCCUCCGUAUCUGCAUGGUGCCUGUCCUGCUGCUUCCCAGGGUUGCUUGCCUGGGCCUGGUGCUGGCAGGAGGAGGGGAGACCCUGUGUGAAAGGUCACUCCAUCCCCUUACUACAGACAGUGCUUUUACACACAGUUAUGGUGCCUUUCCCCAUGCGGGGAUGGUGCUGGAAGCACAGCUCUGGCACAGCCCAGAGCAGUGCUGAGCCCGCACACGAGUGUCUGGGUGCACGCUGGCACCCUGAGAGAGAGACGGCAGCUCCCCAACUUAGCCUUAAGGGCAGCAGCACUCCUGUUACCCACUCCUCCUCCCUGGGUUUGCCAGGGGCCUUUGGGAGUGCAAGCAAACUUCCUGUUGCACCGAGCUGGGAAACGACUGCUGCCUUUCCCUGGUGCUGCCUUAAGCUGUUCUGCACGCACAGCCUGGGCCUCGGGUGCCGGGGCGUGGGGUCACAGCCCUCAGGCUGUGAAAGGGAACGCGUCCCAGGGAGCCUGGGGUCUGAGCCUUUCUGUGAGUGGGGCUCCAGGUCCUGCACUUGAGGCAGCGCCGACCUGGCUCUGCCUGUGUGCUUGGUUGAUAUAAAAAUAAAAAGGCUUGGGGAACGUGGGAAACUGCGUUUGA